AUAAAUUGGCCUCUCGUCUGAGAAACAGAAUUAUUUAACGUCCAACAAUCGUGGCAAGCAGUUGUCUUGGUUUCAAAGCUCCUUUACCAUAAAGUCUGUCAUUCCGCCGGUUUGAAAUUGUUUCCUGUCGAUAAGUUUAAAAAUAGUAAAACACCAAAUAUGCUCAUCAAGCUGUUUAUGCUAAUGCUGGCCGUAUCCGGAGUGUGGAGUGCCAUCCUGCCGGAAAAUCAGGUGGCAACAGCGGCCAGGACAACGACAGGAGACUUGGACACGGCUGCCACAUCCGCCAAGUUGCUCAAUCUGUUUGGCUCAGGAUAUCCCAACUAUGGUUAUAACUACAAUCGACCCAGCAAUGGCUACUAUCCCAGCUAUCCCAGCUAUGGCUCUUCCAACUACUAUCCUAACACCGGGUAUUAUGGAUCCUCAAAUGUCUAUUCCAGCCAAGGAUAUGUCCCCAACAAUUACUACUCCGGAAGCAGCAGUUACUAUCCCACCACGAAUAUCCUGGGCACCCAAGGAUACGGCGGCUAUGGCGGUUAUGGAGGUAAUGGCGGUUUGAGGCAGUACUCGGGCUACUGGCAGCGGGACUAUCAAGGCCAGAGGAAUCGUGGAUAUGGCUACUACAGCGAUACAGAUCGCUAUGGACUGCCUCAAUCCAGGAAUCGAUCCUAUGGCUCUUACUCCUAUCGAGGCUAUGACUAAACUCCAUGUGCUUUGUGUUUGUGUCGCUUGUUAUUGCCUUUUUGUUACAGCUUUUUAACCCCCAACCCCGACUAAUAAUAAAACCAAAAUUUGUAACUCAAUUGCUACUAACUUGAUGUGUAACCUGUCGCUUCUGCUUUGCGCGUAAUUAAUUUGCUUCUAGGUUACAUUCAAAUUACCUGCGGACACGCCCAAUUGCACCCACAAAUCUGUCCAUUUGUCAUUCGUUCAUAUUCCAGAUGCUCUCUGUGUUGUGCUUCUGUGUCUGGCUGUGUACUUUGGAAGCUUCGGCCCAAAAGUUGGCUUCCAAUUUCGGUUGCUAGCUGGCCCGUCGCGUUGCCAACUUUCUGAAUAUAUAUUGUUCUUUCAUUGCAGGCUAUGUGCGCACGACUUAUGGCUAAUACAGUCAUUGGCGAAGACCGUCUCAAGAACUUAACCAAAU